UAUUAAUUACUUAAACUGUGGGAAUUUUAUUUGUGUAUUGUACAUCGCAAAACUUUUGAAUGAACAUCGUCGCUAGGAUUUUGACAUGACAUGUGAACUUCUGGGAAAUUUUAUUUCACAUUAAUUACUGAUUGAGAGAAGUGUCUUUUUUUAUAUAUUAUAACAGACAAAAGAAAAUAACUGAGAACGCUUAUUAACUAUAAAACAUAGAUAUCAACUCUAAAUUGUUGCGAAUAUUCAUUUUUUUCUCACUUAAGCAAUAUGAAGGAAGAGGGUGGUAAGGAGGAUUUAGCUGAUCCAGUUGGCUUUUUAAAGGAUUUUGCUGCUGGUGGCAUAUCUGCAGCUAUAUCCAAAACGGUUGUGGCGCCAAUCGAGCGUGUAAAACUGUUGCUGCAAGUGCAAGCAAUUUCUAAGCAGAUAAAACCUGAAGAUAAAUAUAAAGGAAUUGUAGAUUGCUUUAUACGAAUCCCUAAAGAACAAGGCGUGGCGUCUUUUUGGCGUGGUAAUCUUGCCAACGUCCUAAGAUAUUUCCCAACACAAGCACUAAAUUUUGCUUUCAAGGAUAAAUAUCAGCAGAUAUUUUUGGGUGGAGUAGACAAACAUACCCAAUUUUGGCGUUACUUUGCCGGUAAUUUAGCAUCAGGUGGUGCAGCUGGUGCCACAUCUUUAUUUUUUGUCUAUCCCCUAGAUUUUGCUCGUACUCGUUUGGCUGUAGAUGUUGGAAAGGAAGGUAACCGACAAUUCACAGGCCUUAUCGAUUGUAUAGUAAAAAUUUUUAAAACUGAUGGUUUUAUGGGGCUAUAUCGCGGUUUCAAUGUCUCUGUUCAGGGUAUAAUUAUUUACAGAGCCGCUUAUUUUGGUUGUUAUGAUACCGUACGUGACUACAUGCCAAAGGAUCAAAAGGUCUACAUCAAAUUUCUUGUUGCAGAACUUGUAACGACACUUGCUGGUAUUGUCUCUUAUCCACUCGAUACUGUACGUCGUCGUAUGAUGAUGCAAUCGGGUAUUCCAAUGGAAGAGCGACAGUAUAAAAAUACUGCUCAUUGUUGGGUUCAAAUCUUCAAACAGGAGGGAUUCGGCGCUUUCUUCAAAGGAGCGUUUUCCAAUGUUCUCCGAGGAACAGGGGCUGCGCUGGUACUUGUACUUUAUGAUGAAAUAAAAAAAUUUCUUUAAAUAUAAUUUUUGUACAAGAGAAAAAGG